GUCCACAGAUGAGGGGAGUCCGGUCUCCCGCGCCCCGCCAGCGCCGGCGGUGCCAGCAGCUGCUGAGCUUGCUUCUUCCGCGCCUUGGCCACUAGUAAAGUUCAUUAAAAAAAAUUUAAAAAUCACAGUCAUUUUUUGAGAGGGCGAAAGCGGGCGCUAGCCAGCUGUGUGGCCCCUCCGGGGGACCUGGCGCGUUGGGAGGCGGCGGCGGUUGCGCCGCGACCAGGAGGAGCCGGUGGCGCCGGGCUGCGGGUCUGGCUGGGGGGACGAUCUGAGAGAGAAGACCUGAUUACCUAUAAUUAGAGUUGGUACAAAAACCAUUUCAUCUCCAAAAAUGUUGGAGGAAGACCUGGAAGUGGCCAUCAAGAUGGUGGUUGUAGGGAAUGGAGCAGUUGGGAAAUCCAGUAUGAUUCAGCGAUAUUGCAAAGGCAUUUUUACGAAAGACUACAAGAAAACCAUUGGAGUUGAUUUUUUGGAGCGACAAAUCCAAGUUAAUGAUGAAGAUGUCAGAUUAAUGUUGUGGGAUACUGCCGGUCAAGAGGAAUUUGACGCAAUAACAAAGGCCUAUUAUCGAGGAGCCCAGGCUUGUGUGCUUGUAUUUUCUACUACAGACAGGGAAUCUUUUGAAGCAAUUUCCAGUUGGAGAGAGAAAGUGGUAGCUGAAGUUGGGGAUAUACCAACUGUACUUGUACAAAACAAGAUUGAUCUCUUGGAUGAUUCUUGUAUAAAGAAUGAGGAAGCUGAGGCACUGGCAAAAAGGUUAAAGUUAAGAUUCUACAGAACAUCAGUGAAGGAAGAUCUAAAUGUGAAUGAAGUUUUUAAAUAUUUGGCUGAAAAAUAUCUUCAAAAACUCAAACAACAGAUAACUGAGGAUCCAGAACUAAUGCAUUCAAGUAGUAACAAAAUUGGGGUCUUUAAUACUUCCGGUGGCAGUCACUCCGGUCAGAACUCAAGUACCCUGAAUGGUGGCGAUGUCAUCAAUCUUAGACCCAACAAACAAAGGACCAAGAAAAACAGAAAUCCUUUCAGCAGCUGUAGCAUACCCUAAAACAUUUUAAAUAGGAUGCGAGUUGAAUGAUCUUGUGCAGUUCAGUAAGAAACACAUCCAGCUGUAACGUCAUGGUACAAGAUUUUUAGCAGACUUUGCACCUAAUGGCUCUCUGAAAACUGAUAGACUUAACUAUUGCUCUGCAAUGCUUUUCAGAAUGUAGAGUGAGACCUCUGGUGGAAAAAUUAAUGCCCUGUGGAUGUAUUUUAAUUUUUUCACAUUAGACGAAGCAUUUCCUGUUUUUGAAGUAAUUCUUUAAGCAAUGUCAAAAGCAGGUUUUGCUGAAUUUUAGAUGCUGGAAAACAUAAAUGCCUAAAUAUGUUGGUACAGAUUUUAAUACUAUGGAUCAAGGAAAGAUAGUAAGCAUUCUUUUUCUGAAAGUGGUCAUUAUAGCUUUUCUGGAAAAUAGUACUGAAUUUGAAUACUUAGAAAAAAAUACUAAAAGGUAAACCCUAAAUCUUGCCAGGCUGUGUGAGUGUGUAGUUGGCAAUGUUGCUUGUGCAAUAUCUGUAUAAUGUAGAGAAUGGAGGUAUGCAUGCAGGUACCUGUUACUGGAGUAGACUGAAGGUAUAUGCAGAGUGUAAGAAAACAGAUUCUAAAACUAUUUACACAUUGUGUACAUGUAAGUUUUUAUUUUCUAAUGAGAAAUUCCAGACACAUAUUUUGCAAACUGAGCUUGGAUUUAAAAAGUGCUUUGUGCCAAAAAUACCAUAUCUGAUUUUUACACUGCUUUACUAUCUUAAUUUAUAUUGUUUAUAAUUCUUCAAAAGCAGUUUUCCUCUAUGACAGGGUAAAUAAGAAAAGUAGAAACAUUUUAGUGCUAGCGCAUCCCCCAGGUGACACAUAUUGUAAAACCUUUUCUCCUAUGGCCCCUGUAAGCCAGGUGAGCUCGUGCUGUCAGAGGUUAGCCACGUCCCUAAGAAGGUACAGCACAUGGACGCAGUGGUUCAGGCAGUCCUGUGAAGUGUGUGGUGCCUCUAGCAUCUUUUGCUGCUAAGAACACAACUUUGAACUUUUAAGAUGAUGCUGACCGUUUUCUAAAAUGCACAAAAGGUGAUCUAGUAGUCCUAAUCCAAGUUAGGGACUUUAUAGAGCCCUGCAACUCUAUAGCAUCCUUUUGUUUACAUAUUUUUGUAUGGUAUUUUAUCACUUAAAAAUUUCUACAAUCUUUGGUUUGUAUAGCACUUUCUCUAGAGCUCUGUCAGUAUCAUAUACAAAAUAAUUUUUAAAAUGAUUUACUAGGUAAUCAUGUGUCAGAGCAUUAAUUUUCUGACUUGGGAUAGUAGCUUUCCAACUAGAAUUGCAUGAACUCUGAAAACUAUCAUUCACCAUUGGCUUUGUCUUUAAUCUAUUAAUAACCAUUUCAACAUAUCUGGUUUUUACGGGAUUUCAAAAUAUGUAAAAAUAAUUUUUCUUGGGAAAUGUCAUGAAGUCAUUUAUCAUUAUUUGUACUAAAUAUAUAAUGUUUUAUGUAUUCCAUGUGUGUGUUUCAUCUUGUCUUUUUUUUAAGUCACUCAUCUGCACCACUCUCAUCCUUCUGCCUUAUGUUAAAAAUAAGAAAAUUUCCUGGGGAGUGACCUCAUUAAGUGGUCAAGAGUGAGUGUUCAUUUUUCAUAAGAUUGAAAUAAUCUGGCAUUAGCUCUUUCAGAGUAACGUGUUUAUUUUUAUGCCACCAGUUGUCACCAUGCCCAUUGCUGGCAGUGGGACAGGUGUUGAGGGAAAAACUUCAUUCCUACAGUGGACACCUGCUAGUAAUUCAUCUUUUCUACCUUCUCAAAAUACAUUCCUUUUCAUUUUUUGCACAAAAUAUAUUUUGCAGCAAACAGUCUUAUUGACCUUAUUGGCAGAAAAAUCACUCAUUCUGUAAUGUAUUGUAAUUAUAUUUCAUAUUAAUUAAAUGUGUGUAGGCAAAAGUGUUACUUUUCUAUAUAAAAAUGUAAUCUCUGAUGGUGACUGCAGUUCCGCUAAUAGAUGUAAUCAUAAUGUAUGAGUUUUAUGCUUUUUUUACAAGAAUUGGAGAAUUUUUGUUACACAUUUGUAUUUUUACUUUGCACUAUUAUUUUAUACCUGACAGUCAUUUUAAAUCACUAAGUAGGCCAGAAAAUCACUACACGUGAUGUUAAUUUCUCAAAUUAAUUAGUUCUAAAACUUUCAUAAUUACAAUUUUUUCCCUCUGAAAUGCUUAAUUAUUUUAAAUAAUUUCAUUGAUUCUGAUGAAACCAUGGAUGCUUAAGAAAAACUUGUCCUAGAUUCCAGGUUAUUAUGUAUUUGCUCUCUAAUUUGCUUUUUUACAUCGUGGCUAGUUUUUAGCAUACAGACAUAGUGGUGGAAUAAUUGCCAUAUUUCAGAGUUCCUCAGGUUUCCUUUUCCUUUUAUCAGCCUAUACCUAUGAAUUAAAUAGUAUAUAGUAUAGCCCAUAUAAGGCAAUAUAAUUAUAUAAAACAAUGUUAGAUAGUUUUCUCUUUAUCUGCCCAAAGUUGAUAGCACACAUGUACUUUUUCAAAAUAAAGCUAACACUACCAAAAAGAGGAUGAAAAAUGUUUCUCAUCAUGUAGUGAGGUUAGAUGGUUGAGAAGCUGGCAAUACAAUGCUUAGGAAGAACUCAGCAAUGCAUAUUCCGUUGUGCCUGUGACUUUUAGGGACUUUACUUAAGAUCUUAAUUGUGGGAAGUUGCCCUUCAGAACUAAUGCCGUCUUAAGUGUUGUACUCUUUCAGUGUAAGAUACUGUACAUUGUUUGCAUCCUUUUCAAAACUUUGAAAUUGUUACUGGUGACCUGCUGAAGUGCUCCCAGUGUAUCAUUAGUGUGCCUGUUUCUCUGAAAACAACGAACUGAUGGGGUGAGCGCUUGUCUCGUACUGUACAGCCAUCCACUGAACAGGUAGACUUGUUCAGUUUUAACUACUAUGAAUAUCACGUGUACUAUUGUCAUUCUUUAGGUUUUCCCUUAUAAAACAAGUAAAUCUGUCUUACAAGAGAAUUUAUUUGCUAACAGAACUAUCUAAAACCACAGUGGACUCUGAAAUAUCCCUUCACCACAUACCUGGGUAACUGGACGGUUUGGCCAUAAUAAUCUUAUGAGGUAGUAGUCCUUUUCUUCUGUCUAAAUCAUCUGUAGUAGGAUGUUCGUAAAUUAUCUUUUAAAAAUAAACUUUGGAGUAAAAGGAAAACUGAACCCCUUCUAUAUAUUUGUUACUAAUAAAUAAUGCUUUUGUAAAUUGGAAUGGAAAACCACCUGUAUGUAUUGCAGUUAUACCCUAAUCUAAAAAUUUCAUGAAAGAUGAAUUCCAAUAAUCAAAAAAUAAAUGCAUUUCAAAGCUAGAAUUUUGUGUGAUGUGUCA